AUGCCAAUCUGGUUUGCGAUUGAGGCACGGCGACCGGGUUCGAUUGAAGCAGCUCCAGGUGCAAUUGGACGACGGGAGUGGGAAGCUGCUGCGGGCACAGAAUCUCGAGCGCACCCCGAGCCUCGCUUGGCGGGUGUCACAGAUCGCCUCAGCCAAGAUGUUGCCGCAAGAGGUGAGUGUGAUGUUGCAGCUGGCGUCCCAGAUCUCAGCACCGUCAGAGGCGUGAUGCCUGCAGCGGGCCAUGUGGUUCUCCUCGGCAACAGCAAAGGAAGAGAGGGCGCAGCUGGCUUGCAGGUUGACUGUGAGAAGCAGACCUUCGUGCUUUGCGACAUUUGCUACGAGAUGAGGUGUGAGAAGGUGGAGAACCUCCACAUGACAGAGGCGGACGAGGGGAUCGACGUAAGUCCAGCGCUGUUGCGAUCUGCUUUGCAGAGUGCUUUUUCAGACGGCUCUGGAACUGCCCAGCAUCAUGGUCUUUGGGCGUCAGAUUCAACGCAUCCACAACUACGGCAAAGCCUCUCAAAUGGCGUUGUACCAGGAGCCUCUUGUCCUUGA